UUCAAAGAACAUCCAGGACCAUGAGUGAAGAGGAGCGAGACCAGCUGAGCUCACUUUUUCAUGCCUAUGACACCGAUAACUCUGGGCGAAUUGAAAAAGAUGAGUUCUUCAUCAUCUGCCAGGAGCUCAAUGUGGACAGCAGGGAGGCUGAGGGCCUCUUCAACCGGCUGGACGUGGAUAAAGACGGCACGGUGACCUUGGAGGAGUUCAUUAGUGGCUUCACGGAGCUGAGAGAUGUCCAAAAGGAUUGUGAGACCUCCAGCGACCAGGAGGAGGUCAUGUGCAGUCUUCCUCAGCCCACCGUGAAGGGAAUGAGCGCCGAGGAGCAGGACCGGCUGCGCGCCCUCUUCCGCACCUACGACGUGGACAACUCGGGGCGCAUCGAGAGGAACGAGUUCCUGACCAUCUGCGCGGAGCUGCAGGUGUCCAACGCGGAGGCCGACCGCAUCUUCGACCGCCUGGACGUGGACAAGGACGGAACCGUCACGCUGCAGGAGUUCAUCACCAGCUUCCACCAGCGGUACAGCGAGGACAUGGAGAACGUCGGGGGAGACGUGUCCGCCGCGUGGGAGAGCUUCGAGGCGAGGAUCGGGGAGCAGGCCAAGUUCAUCCCCAGCAAUGAACAGGCGGCGAUGUUGUACCAGAACAUCAGUCUGACUGAGCCCAGGCUGAUUCCUCAGUUUGAGAAAGUGGUUCUGAACUUCACCAAGGAGAUCAGGCAGCAGAACUCUGAGAUGGAGAACCUGGCCCUCGCCAUCAAGAGAGCUCAGGAUCAGGCAUCGAUGCAGCUCGGUGAGAUGGAGGAGGAGAUGGACCAGCGCAUUCAUGCCGCCGAGAGGAAAGCUCGGGAGCAGGAGAAGAGAAGAUCUGAAGCGGCUCUGAACGAGUUGAGACGAAGUUAUGACACCGAGGUGUGCGAGCUGCAGUGCAAGAUCCAGAGGAUGCAGAUGAUCGAGGAGAAGUACAAAAACAUCACAGUGAAAGACGAGAGUCCAGCGCUGAGGAAGAAGAUCAAUGAGCUGACCCUGGAGAAUCAGAAACUAAAGCAGGAGCUGCUGAGGUCCCAGACCAAGGUCUCGUGUCUGCAGAGUGAGAUGGACUCGCUGAAGAACGAACUGACUGACCAGAGCAUCGACUUUCAAAGAGACGAGGAGCUGAUGAAGCAGUUCGCUGACGAACGGGACAUCCUGCAGAGCCAAAUAGAAAUCCUGCAAACAGCCAACAGGAAGCUCCAUGACAGCAACGAUGGCCUUCGGGCGGCGUUGGAGCGAGCCAACAGGUCGGGCAACAACAGCAACCCUGCAGAGAGGAACAGGAGCAAGAGCAUCUGCUACUCCACACCAAACACAUUAAUGGACAGGUUUGUCCAGCGGAUGGAUGAUUACGCCGCGUACAACCGCCGACCCAGUUGUGACACUCUGGCUCUGGCCAUGUGCGACCCGGGUCUGAUGCGGCGCUACAGCAGCGAGUGUGAGGAGGACAGCUUGCCGGAGAUCUACAUGGACAGCGGCCUGUCGACUCUGAGGGGUUCGCAUGGAGGCUACGACUCUGAACAGGACAGCAAACUCAUCGAGGCGGACAAGAUAGAGAACGAGCAGAAUGAGAUCGACAGUGUCGUCGAGGUCCAGUCGGAUACUGAGCUGCAAGUGGACGUACCAGACGGCGAGUCUGCGUUUGGGUCAGACAGCAGCUCAGUUCUGGACUGGAAGCCUGCUGUAAGCGUGGCCUCACCAGCUGUGUCCACGGCAUUACCGGCACCAGAACCAGAGGCGGCACCAAAGCUGGCACCGACAACAAGGAAAACACUCAGCGCCAUCAACGUCCAGAGGGAUGACAAGGACGGUGUCGACCUGGGAUACAUGACGUCGGAGAAGGCCUACAGGAUCGUCCUGGCCGGAGACGCCGCGGUGGGAAAGUCCAGUUUCCUGCUUCGACUCUGCAAGAAUGAAUUUAAGUUGAAUUCGAGUGCCACUCUCGGAGUGGAUUUCCAGAUGAAAACUCUCAUCGUAGACGGCGAGCCCACAUUACUGCAGUUAUGGGACACGGCUGGACAAGAAAGGUUUCGCAGCAUUGCAAAGUCGUAUUUCCGCCGAGCGGACGGCGUGCUGCUGCUGUAUGACGUCACAUGUGAGAAGAGUUUCCUGAACGUGAGGGAGUGGGUGGACAUGAUCGAGGAUGUUUCUCAGGAGGACAUUCCCAUCAUGCUUGUGGGGAAUAAGUGUGACCUCAGGAACGAAGCAGUCAGCUGCGUCCCGACCAGCUACGGAGAGAAGCUGGCCAUGACCUACAACACUCUGUUCUGUGAAACCAGCGCCAAGGACGGGGCCAACAUCGUAGAAGCGGUUCUGCAUCUGGCCAGACAGGUGACCAAACACGCCCUCUUUGAAGAGAACAAUUGCCACCAGUCACUUCCCAGCUUGGACGCUCCGAGGAGGAAACCAAACUUCUCCUGCUGCACUUAAUCCAGCGCUAGUUUGGAACUGUGAUCACGGGUUGUCCAGACCUGAAGAGAAAAGAAAAGCGGAUCAGCAGAGCGUCAAGUGCUGUUUUCAUCAACCAGUUACGGCUUCAUCGCUGCUUCCUAUCACUCUGCUGCGCCUCUCCUUGUACAUAAAUUACUGUCACAGAACAAACGUCAGAUGAGUGGUGGUUCUACUCGUCCUCUGGAGGAAAUCUGCUGCCAAUUUUUUGGAUUUUACCGUCAUCUUUUUUUUUUUAUUCCGGCAGCACUGUGGGUGCUACAGCUGCACGAUCAGAAGGUUUGUUUCCAGCUUGGGGGCUUUCUCUACCAUGUAGCUUCCUCCUAACUUGGCUAACCAGCAGUGGUGGACAACAGUGACUGUCUGGACGGUUGUUCUUUAAUACAUUGUAAACAAAACGUGUCAAAUACCUUCCUCAUAAUCAGUUGGAUGGUUACGCGAGGUAAAGAAGUUGGUGUUUCUACUAGAAUUAGGGUCCGAGUGGAACGAUGGAAUUGUUUUUUUUUUGUACUGAAGAUUGACCUGCUAAAACGUAUGGCUCAGUCUCACCAUACAUUUCCCAAACAACAAGCCCUCCAGGUACCAUAGCGUACAAAUUGAAACCCACUUUAUUUUAUCCAUUUUUAAACUCACUCCUAUUUGAACAUUUCGGAACGUUUGACAGUUGAUAAAAAGGAUAAGGAAAAGUGGAUUGACCAAUUUUGACGUGGGAAGUUCAGAAGAAGCUGGUUUUCAUGGGGAAAUACUACGAAUGUGUUUUUUGUUUUACCUUGCAGUGUUACACUGGUUUUUGAUAAACCUAAGAGCAGAGCUUCGUUUUCACAGCUGAACUAGAACUGCCGAACGACAUGUCGAUGCAGUUGAAUAAUUUUGUCGCAUUUUUAUCGUCUCCCUUUUAUCAUGGGAUCUUUUCGGCGGGCGAAAGAUGACCUCCGUCACUGACUGCUGCAGCCUCCACGGCCAGAAUUGAAAUGUCCUCCGAUCAGAAGAGGACUGGAUGCUGUGAAUCUCACUGUGGCUAUUGAUCCUGGUUACUCCUCUCCUCUGGCAGGUGUUUGCUCUCCCCCCUCACUUCCUUCCUUCAGGACGCAGAACCUCUGAUGUCUGCACAGGUGCAUUCACUACGCUGUCUUCCUCAGUGACGUGAUGAUGAUCUGAUGAUCUACCUGAUUCAUGGGAACAUUCUUGUUUUUCAUUUGU